AUGGACGAGUUGGAAGAGCCCGAGGAAAGCCCACCCUCCUCCCCUCCCCCUCAGGGCCCACCCUCCUCCCCUCCCCCUCAGGGCCCACCCUCUCCCCUCCUCCCCCCUCCUCAGGGCCCACCCUCUCCCCUCCUCCCCCCUCCUCAGGGCCCACCCUCUCCCCUCCUCCCCUCCCCCUCAGGGCCCACCCUCUCCCCUCCUCCCCCCUCCUCAGGGCCCACCCUCUCCCCUCCUCCCCUCCCCCUCAGGGCCCACCCUCUCCCCUCCUCCCCCCUCCUCAGGGCCCACCCUCUCCCCUCCUCCCCCUCCCCCUCAGGGCCCACCCUCUCCCCUCCUCCCCCCUCCUCAGGGCCCACCCUCUCCCCUCCUCUCCGGGAGUGCUGUGAAUCACAAUGUGUGAAGGUUUUGGCUCAGGCCGUGAGAGCUGCGGCCCGUGGCGGCGUCAGAAUCGAACGCACCCGUGUCUUCUUCAGACGAAGCCACUCAAGUUUGUCUGAAGUUGUGAAAAGUUGUCAACCCGAAAAAGACUUCCGAAACUCCUCCCGUCUUCAAAUAAUGAGCAGGGGAAAUGGCCGCUGCGGAGUCCGGCGCUGGCUUCAACCAGAAGCGAAACUCACAAGUAAGUUUGGACUGAGAUCCGUGACCUGUGGUGUUGGUGGGACUGUGGCCGGUGCUGAGGCCGGUGCUGUGGACCGUGCUGGCCUCUCAGACCGCUCUGUGGUUGUUGAUCUUCUCCGGGAGCACAUGUCAUUGGGGUGGGACAUAGUGGGACAGGGGCAGGCCAAAUACUGUGUGGGAGGGAGAUGGGAGGGUAACGGGGGAGGGGAAGGCGAGCCCGCCGCUUCUGUGGAAAGGUCCCACCCUGAGUCUGCACCGCACAGGGCAGGCUCAGGAGUCUGCACCGCACACACAGGGCAGGCUCAGGAGUCUGCACCGCACAGGACAGGCUCAGGAGUCUGCACCGCACAGGGCAGGCUCAGGAGUCUGCACCGCACAGGACAGGCUCAGGAGUCUGCACCGCACACACAGGGCAGGCUCAGGAGUCUGCACCGCACACACAGGACAGGCUCAGGAGUCUGCACCGCACACACAGGGCAGGCUCAGGAGUCUGCACCGCACACACAGGACAGGCUCAGGAGUCUGCACCACACACACAGGACAGGCUCGGGAGUCUGCACCACACACACAGGACAGGCUCAGGAGUCUGCACCGCACACACAGGGCAGGCUCAGGAGUCUGCACCGCACAGGACAGGCUCAGGAGUCUGCACCGCACAGGACAGGCUCAGGAGUCUGCACCGCACAGGACAGGCUCGGGAGUCUGCACCGCACACACAGGACAGGCUCGGGAGUCUGCACCACACACACAGGACAGGCUCGGGAGUCUGCACCACACACACAGGACAGGCUCAGGAUUCUGCACCACACAGGACAGGCUCGGGAGUCUGCACCGCACACACAGGGCAGGCUCAGGAGUCUGCACCGCACAGGACAGGCUCAGGAGUCUGCACCGCACAGGGCAGGCUCAGGAGUCUGCACCGCACAGGACAGGCUCAGGAGUCUGCACCGCACACACAGGGCAGGCUCAGGAGUCUGCACCGCACACACAGGACAGGCUCGGGAGUCUGCACCACACACACAGGACAGGCUCAGGAGUCUGCACCGCACACACAGGGCAGGCUCAGGAGUCUGCACCGCACAGGACAGGCUCAGGAGUCUGCACCGCACAGGACAGGCUCAGGAGUCUGCACCGCACAGGACAGGCUCGGGAGUCUGCACCGCACACACAGGACAGGCUCGGGAGUCUGCACCACACACACAGGACAGGCUCGGGAGUCUGCACCACACACACAGGACAGGCUCAGGAUUCUGCACCACACAGGACAGGCUCGGGAGUCUGCACCGCACAGGACAGGCUCGGGAGUCUGCACCGCACAGGACAGGCUCAGGAGUCUGCACCGCACACACAGGACAGGCUCGGGAGUCUGCACCGCACACACAGGGCAGGCUCAGGAGUCUGCACCGCACAGGACAGGCUCGGGAGUCUGCACCGCACAGGACAGGCUCAGGAGUCUGCACCGCACACACAGGACAGGCUCAGGAGUCUGCACCGCACAGGACAGGCUCAGGAGUCUGCACCGCACAGGACAGGCUCAGGAGUCUGCACCGCACAGGACAGGCUCAGGAGUCUGCACCGCACACACAGGGCAGGCUCAGGAGUCUGCACCGCACAGGACAGGCUCAGGAGUCUGCACCGCACACACAGGGCAGGCUCAGGAGUCUGCACCACACACACAGGGCAGGCUCAGGAGUCUGCACCACACACACAGGACAGGCUCGGGAGUCUGCACCGCACACACAGGGCAGGCUCAGGAGUCUGCACCGCACAGGACAGGCUCAGGAGUCUGCACCGCACAGGACAGGCUCAGGAGUCUGCACCGCACACACAGGGCAGGCUCAGGAGAUUCUCAGCAGCCUUCUCCGCUCGCCUUGUUGGCCGCGACAUGCAGUCGACUCGACAACACUGGUAGUUCCUCUGAGCGUCCAGGCCUCUUCAGGCACCAGCACCGUCACCACAGACUCGGUGAUCGGAGACCCAGGAAAACUGCGACAGAGCAUGUCCUCGUCGGUGGCUGUGAGCUCUCAGCAGCCGCAGCAGCCGCAGCAGCUGCAGCAGCAGUAUGUGGUGGCUCAGGCGCCGUCAAUGCAGGGGCAGCAGAUCCUCACCACUUUAUCAGGAGUUAUGCCCAACAUCCAGUACCAGGUCAUUCCUCAGUUUCAGACGAUGGACGGCCAACCACUGCAGUUCACUCAAGCGCAGCAGGAUCCUGCGGUGUCUGCAGCCAGUGCAGCGCCGCAGUUUCAGAUUGUGUCGUCUCCAAACGGGCAGCAGAUCAUCGCUGCCACAAACCGAGCUGCAGGAGGAGGGAACAUCAUCACGAUGCCCAGUCUCCUCCAAGGAGCCAUUCCCAUUCAGAACAUCAGUCUGGGGAACGGCGUCCUCCAAAACCAGGCCCAGUUCUUGGCCAACAUGCCAGUCUCUCUGAACGGAAACAUUACUCUUUUACCCAUGAGCACCGGGACCACAGUAUCUGGAGACGUGAGCAGCACAGAGGCUGAGGGGACCCAGCUGCUGCAGCAGACUCAGGCCGUGUCCAACAGCGGCUUCAUGACCAGUGCUUCCACCACCACCACUCAGUCCACCGCUGCCUUUGGAAUCGCUCAGACUCAGAACACAAACGCCUUUCAGCAGAAUGCAGCUUCCAUUGGAGUGGCCAUCCAGCCUGACCACAGAGACGGACAGCAGACACAACAGAUUUUAAUCCAGCCGCAGCAGGUUCUUCAAGGAGCCACGUCUCUUCAGACCAUCCAGGCGAGCGCUCUGCCCAACGCUAACCAAGUGUUCGCUGCACCCACUCUGACCCAGGAAGGACUUCAGAACCUUCAGAUUAUGCCCAACACUGGCCCCAUCCUGCUCCGCACUGUUGGGCCUAACGGGCAGGUGAGCUGGCAGACCAUUCAGAUCCAAAGUCCCACAGGAGCUCAGAUCACACUGGCCCCAGUGCAGUCCAUCCCCCAGCUAGGCCAGACCCAGACCUCGUCAGCCGGACUGUCAGUGAACGCUGUUCAAAUCCCAGGCAUUCAAACCAUCAACCUCAACUCUCUGGGAAACUCGGGGCUGCAGAUGCACCAGCUACAAAGUCUCCCCAUCACCAUCACUAGUCAACCAGGGGAGCAGCAGCUGCACUCGAGCGCAGACGCUCUGAAUGACAGCACGAUGGUAGAUGAGAUGGACUCUCCGCCUCAGGGCAGACGGAACCGCAGAGAGGCCUGCACCUGCCCCUUCUGCAAAGACGGAGACAGCAGAGACUCGUCUAAAAAGAAGCAGCACAUUUGUCACAUUCCCGGCUGUGGAAAGAUCUACGGAAAAACGUCUCACCUCAGAGCGCACCUGCGCUGGCACACGGGGGAGCGGCCCUUCGCCUGCAGCUGGGCCUUCUGCGGGAAAAGGUUCACACGCUCCGACGAGCUGCAGCGCCACCGACGGACUCACACAGGUGAGAAGAGGUUUGAGUGUCCGGAGUGUCCGAAGCGCUUCAUGAGGAGUGACCACCUGUCCAAGCACAUAAAGACCCACUUAAAUAAGAAAGUGGCUUCAAACAACAUGGCGCUGGCAGAGUCCACGGAGGCGGCGUCCCCGGCGUCGGAGGCGGGGUCUGGGGUCGUGGUCUCCGGGGAUCACACUAUUGUUACCAUGGAGACGCUGUCGGCCGAGAGCAUCGCCCGGUUAGCUAGCAACGGCAUCAACAUGAUUAACUUUCCACAGCUCAACGGAAGCAGCUACUGA